AUUACAUUUCCUUCCAGAUUUGAUCAUAUCAUAAUACAAGUUGGGACCUCCAACUUAAAGGAUUCACAAGAGCUGGCAAGACAUGCUGAAGAUACAGGUGCGACAGCAAUUGGUUUAAUGGCCACAAGCUACUUUUCUCCAAAGUCUGUAGAUGACCUUGUCGAAUAUGUUCGUCUUGUGGCGGAAUGUGCACCAAACACUCCGCUGUUUUACUAUCAUAUCCCAGCUUGGACACAUAUUCCAUUUUUAAUGGAAGACUUUUUGGAAGCUGCAAUGCCCAAGAUUCCAACAUUAGCGGGAUUGAAGUUCACAAGUAUUGACUUGUUUGACUUGGGCCGCUGCCUUGUUCUCGGCGAGGAAAAGAUUCAGAUUCUCUUUGGAGGUGACGAGAUUCUCGUAAGCGCUUUAGCUAUGGGGGCUCGUGCUACCAUUGGAGGAACGUAUAGCUUCGCUGGGAAGUUGCACAGUCGAAUUAUAGAUGCCUUUAACAAAGGAGAUAUCGAAACAGCAAGAACAGAACAGUAUCGAUCUCAAGCCAUGAUCAAACUUUUCAUUAAAUACGGAGGCCAUCCGGGCGUCGCGAAAGCCAUCAUGAGAUUUCUUGGCUUGGACCUAGGGCCUGCUCGUUCACCUCUUUCGCAGUUAAGCGAGAGCGUGGAAGCAGGAUUAAGGGAAGAAUUAGACGGUAUUGGAUUUUUUACUUGGCGUUAAAAGAAAAUAAACGCGUCAAUUUUACUACGAGGCGCGAAGUAAUUUUUAUUCUCGUAGUUAAAGUUUUAUGGUGUGAAAAUUUUAAAUUAACGUGUUAACAGAGAAAAUUAUAAGUUAAUAUAUUAAUGUGGCAGAACUAUGUAGCUGAGUAAGGACUGGAACAUUUCAUAGGAAUGUUAGACAUGCCGUGAAAACAGUUACAGGCUUUGCCUAGCAGAGUUUUGUUCAAAUAGCCAACACAGCUUUUUUUUAACACGUCCAUACAGAGAAAAAAAAAAAAAAUUGACGAAAGGUUUACCAAGAAAAAUACGUUUAGAAAACAAAUAACUCUGUGAGAGCUUAUUCAUUCAACUUACAUAGUGAAGCAACUAUUUUCUUCUUGAAAUAGCCAAAAAUAUUGUUUCAACACAACAGAAGUGUUAAGGUAAAUCUAACAAGGGGAGGACCUCGUUAAAGCGGACACCAAAGAGACAGACAAGAGUGUCCGUAACGCAGAGGUGUUGGUAUUAGGUUCGACCAGAAGCAUAUUACCUAGGUGAUAUGCUUCUGGUUCGACUGAACCAAAUUCUUAGUUCUUUGUAAUUUUUUCCUUUCCAAUCAUCGUUGACGCAUUUAAUAAUAUCGGGUUGAAAUGACUGUUCAGGACAACAAUUGCAUCAUUUUGACAACAGUUUUAUUAAAAUAUAUCGAUUUCCACAACACCCUCGUGUCUAUAUCUCCUACGUCUAUGAUAGAAUUCCAGUAUUACAGUGAAGUAUGUUACAUCAUUGACUUUUAUCAUAAGCACAUUAUUCAAGAACGAACAUCCAGCCCAUAAUAAUAAACAUCUAUGUACUAAUUAAAGGUUGUACAGGUUAGUUCCAGCACCCCUUCAGUGCACACAACUUAUGCUACCUCGUCUCCAGGCUCGGGGAGUGCGGAGCUUGAUGGCAAGUAGGCAAAACGCUUUUCUUCUCUAUGUCCGUCCCAGAACUCCACGCCCACCGCGUAAAGCGAAGAGAGGGGCCAGGGAGUGGACCUAGUGCAUGGUGAUAUGGAAACAUCUAACUGUAAUCUUAUCGAAGUGAAAUUCACGAAAUAUAAACGACAUUUUUCUAGGCAUAAUUAUUUUCUUAGAUAAUUUUUCUAUAUUUAAUUUCUCGAAUAUUAAAAAAAGGAUCGCAUCUUUGUGAAAAGUAAGUGCAACACACAUUGUAAAAGAAGGAUUAAUUAAAAGAAUUGCUUUCCUAA